GUAUAUGUGUGUGUGUGGAGAGCCUUAGUUUGCAGGCCUGGAGAGGAUGUGUCAUUGCUGAGAGGUUUUCCCCUUUUUACUUGUGGGCCUCUUUCUCUGUCUCUCUCUAUUUAGCUACUCUUUCUGUCUGGACCUAAAGUUUUUUUUGCAGAUUUGGUUUUCUGUAAAAAGUUGUCAACCUGCCAAUGACUUCUAAUAAGAGCACACUGUCUGAUGAGAGCGCAUCGUUAGUCAUUACAGGAUGGUAAUCAUCCAGAAUGGGCUAAGUAGUGGUUAUUCUUACGAACAACGUUAUGUGUUUAUUGCUAAUUAUAUGUCAAUAUUCAACAUUGGACUACUCUCUCAAUUGUAUAGUAGCCAUGUUGUUACUGUAUAUCCUGUAGGAAAUUCUCAAGAGGUUGAAUGGAGAUUACCCAGCAUAUCAUCUCCUGUAAUAACUUUUCCCAGAAUUUUUCUUCCAUUCUCAAGAAUUCCACUUUGCUGAGAUGAUCCGAAUUCAAAACCCGAACCCUCUUCCUUUCUUGCAACAGACUGAAAGGUUUCUGAGGACAGGUACACUGUGUGACACCAUCCUCACUGUGGAGCGUUACACUUUCAAAGCACAUGCAUUGGUACUAUCCUGGGCCAGCAAGACCCUUGAACGGCAGCUAAUCAACCAGAAUCCAGCUAAAGGUUACUCCUGCACUGUUGAUGGUGUUUCCCCACAGACUGUUAAGCAAAUCCUUGACUAUGUGUACAGUGCUUAUGUAGAAGUUUCAAAAGGGGACCUUCCAGAUUUGCUCAGGGGAGCUCAGCACCUGGAGGUGCAGUCACUUAUGGAGCAGUGUGAGUUGCAAAUGCGGAUCCAGGAUAGGGUUAAAGGUAGAGAAGAAGAGAGGUCCUCCCCCGACAUUGACGUAGGAGAAUGUGAUUCAAGAAAAAAAAUCCCCUCUUCUGAUGAAGUGUCUCUCAGUUCUUCUUUAGAAUCUCCUUCUCUGACACACUUUGACCAUGAAAGGUCGCAACGUAUCACUAAAGUGUCACCCCCGCCACAGAAACCCCCAUUGUCCAUAACCGUAGCAUCUCCCACAGCCUCCAGGGAACCCAUUUCUUCCACCCCUUCACUGGCUCAGACACCUUCAGUUCAGUGGCCCCCAGUAAACCCAUCACGCCACAUGGUCCUUACCUAUGCUGACUUCAUGGCAUUCCAGCACAUGGUUGCAUGUUCAUACCCUACACCCAUGUACCCAUUCUUACAGCAAUCUCUCCAGCUCCAGAUGCCCUCAUCUGUAGUAGGCUACACAGGGUUGCUUCAUCCUCAUCAACAUCUUCUACGUCCUAGGCCUCUGGCUCUCAAUAGUCCACUUGUCCCAGAGGUCAAAAGGAAGACUGACUUCAUCACUGCUGUGCUGCCAUCACAGGAGAGAGAAAGUAAGUCAAAGAUGUCAGAUAAGGAGAGCCAUUGCAGACACUGCAGCAAGCCACUGGUAGAAAAUGCCUGGAGACAGAGCACCCGGUCAGCAUCCUCAGGAUUAGAGGAGAUUGUUCGUGAGUGUAAGUUCUGUCAGAGAGAUAGCAGAGAGAAGCGUUCACUGCGCUCACUAAGAAGGGGUCACGGAGGAGAGAAACCCUACCAGUGCAAACACUGCAACAAGAGAUUCAGUCUGAAACACCAGCUAGAUACACAUCUCAGGGUUCAUACAGGUGAGAAGCCAUUUGAGUGCCGGCUGUGUGGUCAGCGGUCACGUGACUACUCUGCUAUGAUCAAGCACUUGCGUACUCACGGGGGUGCCACACCAUAUCAAUGCACAUUGUGUUUAGAGUUCUGCAGUAGCCUGGUCACCAUGCAGAAGCACCUGAAGGGUCAUCCGAGUCAGGACUUUCCCCCUAACUGGAAUCUGGGCAGCACCUACCUCUACAUCUGCCAUGCAUAAGAGCCAGAACAUUCUGACCAGCUAAGCUCUGUUUGUUUCCAGGAUCAAGAAUAAAUAAAUAAAAUAUUAUUAUAUUUUUUAUCACAUAUCUUUUUAAUUAACUAAACAAUUAGUGUGGCCAUAGAGACAUAAGACGUUAAGAAGGUAUUGUCUAGUACAAAAGAAGUUAUUAUCUAGCACUUCUUAAACUAUUAUUAAAAAAAAAAAAAACAUAAAACUUUCACAGUAGCAAAUUACAGGAUUUUUACAGCAUAAUGUAGAUAGCAUGCUAUGAUAAAUGAGUCCAGUGUUCUCAGUUUAUAUGUCUGCAAAUGUUGUUCUUAAAGUAUUAAGUAUUUACUGAAGUACCUCAGUAUAGUAUACUUAUGGCAAUAUUUGAAUAAAUUAAAUUGCAAUAUUCUUAAAUAUUUGGAUAUUAACAUUGUAUAUCCAACAUGUAAGGAAAGAAAGAAAGAAAGAAAGAAAGAAAGAAAGAAAGAAAGAAAGAAAGAAAGAAAGAAAGAAAAAGAAAGAAAGAAAUCUGGAGGAGUGCUGGAAUCAUUCAUUACAGUAUCAAACAGGUUUGUUGAGAUAUAGGGCACUUUGGGUACGAGAGCUUCAUCACCUGCAGCUGUGGAGAUAAGGCACUUUUGAAAGCUAUAGGGACAAACUGCAUUGAAUAUACAAUAUAUAUGUUUAUAAAUGUAUUUUGUGAAUUUUGCUGCUUUAAAAUGUCUUCAGUUUAUAAGCAGUAGCUCAAAACCAUCGGGUUAGUUUAUUUGUCUUCAUGAGACAAACUAUUUCUUUUGUUAUUUUACAUUUCUCAGCAGUGGCAGGAAGAUUUUCUUUACCCCAUUGUUGCUUUUUCUUAGCACUCAGGUCAUGCAUGAGAUAUAUUCAUGGCUUUUACAAUUAACAAAUUAAAGCAUUAUAUUAGUACCAGAACAUUUAUUUGUAUUCAGUUUGACUGUCCAUUAUGUUCAUCCUACUCUUGAUUUGUUCCCUAUUUGUAGUUGUUUGUCAAAGGUAUGUUGUGUCUAUUAAUCUGUGUGAAAAUAAAGGAAAAUGAAU